AUUUAUAAAACCAUCAGACUAUUUUGAUGAUAUAACUGUUGAAGAAUGGUCAUACCUUAAUUUUUUAGAAACAUUUAAACCCGUCAUUAUGUCUAAAUUGGAUGUCCCAAAACAAGAAGAUAAAGGUACUUCAGCAAUAAUUUCUUCUUUAAAACAGUCAAGACAGUUCUACACAGCCAAAGGAUGGUUUCGUUCCCUCCGUGUAGUUACUGUCGGUGUCAUUACUAGCCAAGGAUGGUUUCGUUCCCUCAACCCUUCGUCUGCAGAUACUUUCUGGAACCAUAUUGAAAAAGAGAAAGAAGAUUUACGCGUAAAACGAGAGAUAGUGAAUAAGACUAAUUCAGUACGCAACAAUACAGAAAUAGACGCCCUAGAUCUAUUAGAUACUGCGCGUACAGAAAAAACGAAAGAAAUUUUAAGCUCAUUGAAGCGGAAACAUUUCUCCAGUGAUUAUACUGAAGAAGGAUAUGAGGAGGAUGAGAACUACAGUGAUGACAUAGGGGAAGAUGAUGAAAAUCGAAUGACCCAAGAAAAAAAGGAACGAUUUAGAAAAAUUUUCCAGGGAAUACCUACGGAGGCGAAACUUGUCUUAAAUUCAAAAACUAUUGUUGAGGAUGUCUUAUUUGAAUAUGCAAAAGAUCUGGAUUUUGAGAGUAAAGAAGACUGGAAGGAACUCACGAAGAAGCCUUCACUGCCAUCCGUUGAUUAUGAAAUUGGAAAAGAAUUGGCUAAGUACAUGAAGGAAGAUCUUGCUGAACUUCGCCAAGAAGUGAUGUGCAAUUUCCUGAAAGAUAAAGAAUUUUAUGAUCCAAAGGAGCAUUAUUUAAAAGAAUGGAUCCAAGUUACAUUGAGACAUCUGUGCAACCUUUAUGAAAAUCCAUCUGCUCCUUUACACCCAAGAGUGUCUACGGAUAUCAAAAGGACAGAUGCACCAUCAAUUGCCUCAGCAAAUAGGAAAAAUCGAGCUAGAAAACCAAAACAAAGAAAUUUGACUGGCAGAAAGAUUGAUGGAAUUAUUCAUCAUCCAACUUAUAAUAUAGAAUUGGGUGCACUUGAAGCAGCAAGAUCCUUCGUAAAUGAUGGAGAUAAAAAACUUCUUAUUGAGUCUUUUAAAAUGCCGAAGACUUUGAAAGAUAUUUUGGUUGAUAUGAUAAGAUCAAAACGAUGCAAUGAUGAGGAAGUGAAUAAGCUGGUGGCCAUUGCCAUUAAGUUCCUAAAAGCAAUUAUGCGAAGUCAGAUUAUAAUUGAAAACAAUUUAAAGGCACUUGGAUUCAUCGAACAGAAGACCCCAAAGGAUGAUUUUAAGGAGGAGGAUCUUAUUUCAGAAAUCUUAGGCAAUGGCCAGGACCUUUCGCGACCAAAAACUCCUGAAAACACAAAUUCUAUUGUAGAUUGCUUUGAAACACCACAUAAAAAGAAAAAUAAACCAAAUAAAAAAACACCGAGGAAAAUGACAAAUAAAAUUAGAAGAGCCAAAUAA